ACCCGCCCCGCGACGCUGUGGCUUGCGCUGGAAGAAGCGGAAGAAGAUGGCGCUCACCAGCUUUUUACCUGCGCCUACUCAGCUAUCUCAGGACCAACUUGAAGCUGAAGAAAGAGCAAGAUCUCAGAGAUCACGGCAGACCUCACUGGUCUCCUCUCGAAGGGAGCCUCCCCCAUACGGAUACAGGAAAGGUUGGAUUCCACGCUUGUUAGAGGAUUUUGGAGAUGGAGGUGCUUUCCCAGAAAUCCACGUGGCCCAAUAUCCACUGGAUAUGGGCCGAAAGAAAAAAAUGUCGAAUGCACUGGCCAUUCAGGUGGAUCCUGAAGGAAAAAUUAAAUACGAUGCAAUUGCUCGACAAGGACAGUCCAAAGACAAGGUCAUUUACAGCAAAUACACUGACCUGGUUCCAAAAGAGGUUAUGAACGCAGAUGAUCCAGACCUGCAAAGGCCAGAUGAAGAGGCCAUCAAAGAGAUAACAGAAAAGACAAGAGUAGCCUUGGAGAAGUCCGUAUCGCAGAAAGUGGCUGCAGCCAUGCCAGUUCGGGCAGCUGACAAGCUGGCGCCUGCUCAGUAUAUCCGCUAUACACCAUCUCAGCAAGGAGUAGCAUUCAACUCUGGAGCUAAACAAAGGGUUAUUCGGAUGGUAGAAAUGCAGAAAGACCCAAUGGAGCCUCCAAGAUUCAAGAUUAAUAAGAAAAUUCCCCGGGGCCCGCCAUCUCCUCCUGCACCUGUAAUGCAUUCUCCUAGUCGGAAGAUGACUGUAAAAGAACAACAAGAGUGGAAGAUCCCCCCUUGUAUUUCCAAUUGGAAGAACGCUAAGGGUUACACAAUUCCAUUAGAUAAACGGCUGGCUGCUGAUGGAAGAGGACUUCAGACCGUCCACAUCAAUGAAAAUUUUGCCAAGCUGGCUGAAGCACUGUACAUUGCCGAUCGGAAGGCUCGUGAAGCUGUGGAAAUGCGAGCCCAGGUGGAGAGAAAGAUGGCUCAAAAAGAAAAGGAGAAACAUGAAGAGAAACUUAGAGAAAUGGCCCAGAAAGCCAGAGAGAGAAGAGCUGGGAUAAAAACCCACGUGGAAAAAGAGGAUGGAGAGGCACGAGAAAGGGAUGAAAUCCGUCAUGACAGGCGAAAAGAGAGACAGCAUGACCGGAACCUUUCCAGGGCAGCUCCCGAUAAGAGGUCAAAACUACAGAGAAAUGAGAAUCGAGAUAUCAGUGAAGUCAUUGCUCUUGGUGUGCCCAAUCCUCGAACUUCCAAUGAAGUUCAGUAUGACCAAAGGCUCUUCAACCAAUCCAAGGGUAUGGACAGUGGAUUUGCAGGUGGAGAAGAUGAAAUUUACAAUGUCUAUGAUCAGGCCUGGAGAGGUGGUAAAGAUAUGGCUCAGAGUAUCUACAGGCCCAGUAAAAAUCUAGACAAGGAUAUGUAUGGUGAUGACCUCGAAACCAGGAUAAAGACCAACAGGUACCACAACACAUUUGAUUGUGCUCCUGACCCAGCACAACAAAAGUGGUUCAUGACCUCUUCUCUCUUUUUUCCCCUAGGUUUGUUCCUGAUAAGGAGUUUUCUGGUUCAGACCGUAGACAGAGAGGCCGAGAAGGACCAGUUCAGUUUGAGGAAGAUCCUUUUGGUUUGGACAAGUUUUUGGAAGAAGCAAAACAGCAUGGUGGUUCUAAAAGACCUUCUGAUAGCAGUCGCCCCAAGGAACAUGAACAUGAAGGCAAGAAACGGAGGAAGGAAUAGAUAGGCAUCUCUUCAAAGCAAAUGAACUCUUACUCACAGCCCUAAUGAUGCAAGUCACUGGGAAACCCUUUGUAAAUGAUCAGGAUAAAAACCAAAUCUGGGUGAUAGAUCCCAGCACUACUUUUUAUUCCGGGAGACUGGGGGGGUUGAAUAUUAUACUUUGGAUUAGUUUUUUUAAAGAAUGGGUUAUGUUUGUGCUUCUCCCAUCUUGCAGCACUUAAAUACUGCCCCACACAGAAUUAAGACCACUUCCUUGUGUGUGACACUUACUGAUCCAGGGGUAAUAUUUUGUGUAAGAACUUUAUGAAUAAAAUUACCCCAAACAGUGAGUAGGAUAAUGUCCACAUACUGAAACUAUGCUACCAAAUACGUCUGCCCUGUUGUGCUGUCUUACCUUGCAGUGGGGAAACUAAGGUCUUGCUUAGUGCUUUUGUUUCAAAUAAAACCAUUUAGAAAAAGUC